GUCCAGCAUGAAGCUCUUCGGUGGCAAGAGGCCAGCCUUCCUGGCUGCGGCACCAGAACGGAGCAAAGAAGAGAAAGCAUUCGUUCGCAGACUGGACAUCUUCCUGAUGACAUUCGGCUGUAUUUCCCAAGUCAUCAAGUAUCUCGAUCAGCAGAAUAUCAACAAUGCCUAUGUCAGUGGCAUGCAAGAGGAUCUCGAACUCUAUGGCGACGAACUCAACUACUUCACGACGGCCUUCAAUGUGGCAUACUGCAUCAUGCUUGUCCCUUCGCAAGUCAUUAUGACUUACGUUCGUCCGUCGUUCUGGCUAUCGGGUCUCGAAGUUGCAUGGGGGGUGAUGACCGGUCUGAUGGCUAUGGUGACCAGUGCCAAACAAGUAUACAUCAUUCGAGUCUUCCUCGGAGCCUUUGAAAGCAGCGCUUGGCCCGGAUUGACAACGCUCUUAAUGCACUGGUACACGCCAACCGAACUCGCCAAAAGAAUGGGGUUUUACCACUCCUGUCAAGCCAUCGGCAACAUGCUCUCAGGAGCAAUGCAGGCGGCCAUCAUGUCGACAAUGGACGGACGCUAUGGGCUCGCAGGCUGGAGAUGGCUCUUCAUCAUCAACUGCAUCAUCACAGUCAUCUGGGGGUUCAUGGGCAUUUUUAUGUUACCGGAUUACCCCAACAAACGCAACCCCCGAGCUUUCUGGUACAGUCGCAACGACCAGGAAUUGGCCAUCGGUCGUUUGCUACGACACAAGAGAGCCGAGCCAAAGAAGAUCACUUGGGAGUCCGCGAAACGAACAUUCUCUUCCUGGAUCAUUUACUUUAUCCCCGUCCUCUACGCCGGAACAGUGCUUGCCACCUACGGCUACGUCUACUUCGGUCUCUUCCUCAAGAAACAAUUGAAGCCCGAUGGUACGAAGAGAUGGUCAACCGAAGAGGUCAACGUAAUCCCCAUCGGAGGUGGUGCCAUCAACGUCGCUUUCGUGUGGAUCUGGGCUCUGCUCUCAGAUUUCCUCGGAACGAGAUGGACGCUCAUCGUCACUCAAGGUAUCAUCGGUCUGAUUCCUUGCAUUAUCAUGACAAUCUGGACCAGUCAUCCAAAUUCGAUCCCGAUCUCCGCAGCGUACGCCAGCUACUUUAUCAACUACCUCGCACUCGGAACCGCGCCUCUGAUCUUCGCUUGGUUGUCGGAUCUUAUUCCCCAGGACCCUGAAGCUCGCAGUCUAAUCGUCGGUGUCAGUGUUUCCUUCUACUAUGCAAUUUCAUCUUGGAGUCAAGUCUUGGUGUGGCCAGCAGGUCAGGCUCCGUUUUACAAGUAUGGUUGGCAAGCUUGUAUUGCCCUCUGGGUGAUGUGUAUUGCUAUGACCUGUACGUUGAGAUAUAUCGAUGUCAAGUAUAUGAGACCCAAGAGGCUGGCCUUUGCGGCGGGAGUUGAUGCCGGAGAGAUUCUCAUCAUACCAGGGAUAGAAGCUGAUUCAGCCGAGCGUUCAAGAUUCGACCCUGCUUCGAAGACAUAUCGAGCUGCGUAG